AAUCUGAUCACCACACGAGCGCUGCGCGAGUACAUGGCUCCGGUCAUCCAAGAAAAGACGCUGCUACUACAAAGUAUUUUAGCAGACAAGAGUGAGACCAAGGAACCCUUCGACAUGUACAAACUCAUGCGGCAGUUCACGCUCGACACCUUCGCCGAGAUCGGCUUCGGCUGCCACUUGGAGAUAUUAACCUCUGGCAAGGAGCACCCGUUCGAGGUAGCCUUUGAUGAAGCCAACCGCAUCUCAAGCGAGCGCUUCACCAAGCCCACGUGGCUUUGGAAAUUCCAGCGAUUCCUGAACAUCGGAAACGAACGACGACUUCGCGAGGCUAUCAGUGUGAUGAACGAGUUCUCUGUCGACUUGAUCAUGGAAGCUAUGGAGCAAAUGAAGAACUCCAAGCCCGACGAAGCAGACGUAGAGAGUCCGGCACACAAGAACAUCAUGGCGAUCCUCUUGAGCAAGAAGGAGGCGGUGACACCCACCCAAGUGCGUGACAUUGUACUCACAAGCCUCGAGGCAAGGAGGAACACGACGUCCGACACUUUGGCCUGGUUCUUCCACUCGUUGAGCCACCACCCUCAAGUCGAGAGGAAGCUUCGUGCUGAAAUUCGCUCAAAACUGCCAAAAUUUGGAGAAAUCCACAUCUACGUUCCAUCGUACGAAGCAGUCCAAGACUUGCCGUACCUGGAAGCCACACUGCGUGAGGCUUUGCGCCUGCACCCGACCGGCCCCAGCAUCCCUUACCACUAUCAAAGAGACACUGUCCUACAGGACGAGACAUUCAUUUCGGCAGGUACCGAUGUGUUCCUGCACCUCUACUCUGCGGGUCGUCUGACCAGUGCGUGGGGGUCCGAUGCUGCGUCGUUCAACUCCCAGAGAUUCAACGACCUAACUACCGGAGAAGUGCUUCCGUCCAAGUAUUCGCCCUUCAGUAGUGGACCGCGAGUCUGCAUCGGACGAAACUUGGCGCUACUGGAAAUGAAGAUCGCGAUUGCGGCUGUUGUUGGCAGAUUUCGGCUGUGCGAGGAACCUGCCGAGGAUGUCCGCCCCAUUCUGGAUCUCACCUUGACCAUGAAGAAUCCGCUGAUGAUGCGCGUUGGAGCUGCCAGCUAG